CACAGCAAAAUAGGAGGGGAAGGGGAAGGAGAAAGAGAAAACUAAAGGAUGGCUGAGGAGCAAAGACUUGUAAUUCCAAAGGUGAAGCUAGGUAAUCAAGGACUAGAGGUUUCCAAAUUAGGAUUUGGAUGUAUGGGGCUUUCUGGUGGCUACGACGCUCCUGUCCCUGAAGAAGUUGGCAUAUCAAUCAUGAAGGAAGCUUUCGAUAAAGGAAUUACAUUUUUCGAUACUGCUGAUAUUUAUGGGUUUAAAGCUAAUGAAAUAUUGAUCGGCAAGCUUAGAUUUCUUCCUUCAUAAAUUCUUCUCAAAAAAACAAGAAAGUUUUAUUUAAUAGGCAAUUAAGCUAGCGAAGCAAGCGAUUAGAAGCUCAUGAAAUGAAAUUUCUUGUGUUGUUUAUGUUCAAAUACCUGUGCUUGCAGGCAUAGAAGCAAUUGCCUAGAGAGAAGAUCCAGUUGGCUACAAAAUUCGGUAUUAUGUUCAAGAGCAAUGAUUUUAAGACUCCCUCGUUUAAUGGCAAACCCGAAUAUGUUCGUGCAUGCUGUGAGGCUAGUCUAAAACGUCUUGAUGUGGACUAUAUUGAUCUUUAUUAUCAACAUCGCGUCGACCCUUCAGUCCCAAUAGAAGAAAC